AUGGCGCCAGGUAGUACUGGUACGCAGGAUGAUGAUGCCAAAAAUAUGUUUGAUAGGAUAGGGCAACAAGUGUACGACGAAAUAAUGAAAAAGGAUGAUGCUGAUGCUAAAAAAUAUAUUAAGGAAUUGAAAGGAAAGUUGUCAUUUGCAUCAAUUUUGGGGGAAUCAGCUGGCACCGAUGAUCCAUGCCAACUUGAAAGUAAAUAUACUGAACUUAUUAGUGGUAGUGGUAGUGGUGUUGCUGCUCGCGGUCAUCCGUGCGGAAACGUAAGUGGAAAAGGAGAAGAUGUAAGCCGUUUUUCUAAAGAACGUGUCUCUAAAUAUGAUGAGAAAAAAAUAGGAUGUAGUAAUAGUGAAGGAGCGUGUGCUCCAUAUAGACGAUUAUCUCUAUGUAACAAAAAUUUUCAAAAAAUCAAUAAUUAUAGUAGUAAAGCUAAACAUAAUUUAUUAUUAGAUGUGUGUCUUGCAGCGAAUCAUGAAGGACAAUCAAUAAAAACACAUCUUAAACAAUAUGAUGCAGAAUAUCCUUCUGGUUCUGGUCAUACAACAUGUACUGCACUUGCACGAAGUUUUGCAGAUAUAGGAGAUAUUAUUCGUGGAAAAGAUUUGUAUCGUCGAGAUAAAGGAGAAAAAAAAAAAUUAGAAGAACAUUUAAAAACAAUUUUCGGGAAAAUACAUAGUGACGUGACGUCUAGCGGGAGUAAUAAGGAGGCGCUACAAGAACGCUACAAUGGUGAUAAAGAAAAUUAUUAUAAAUUACGAGAAGAUUGGUGGACUGCAAAUCGAGAAACGGUGUGGGAAGCAAUUACAUGUGACGACGACGACAAGCUAGCAAAUGCUUCAUAUUUUCGUGCAACGUGCAGUGAUAGUGAUGGUAAAGGAAGUUUUUCUCAAGCUAAUGACAAAUGCCGCUGUAAGGACAAAAAGGGCAAAAAUACCGACCAGGUCCCCACAUAUUUUGACUAUGUGCCACAGUAUCUUCGCUGGUUCGAGGAAUGGGCAGAAGACUUUUGUAGGAAAAAGAAAAAAUAUGUUAAUAUAGUUAAAACAUAUUGUCGCAAAAAAGAUAAUAGUAGUGAAGAACGAUAUUGUAGCCGUAAUGGAUUUGAUUGCGAAAAAACUAAACGAGCUAUUGGUAAGUUACGUUAUGGUAAAGGUUGCACUGACUGUUUUUUUGCAUGUUAUCCUUAUGAAAAAUGGAUAGAUAAUAAAAAAAAAGAAUUUCUAAAACAAAAAGAAAAAUACAUAAAUGUAAUAAAUGGAACAUCAAGUAGUAGUAGGAAAACGCGAGCUGCACGUGGUAGUAAUGUUAAUGGGUAUGAAAAAAUUUUUUAUGAAAAACUGAAAGAAGGGAAUGUUGGAAACCUUGAUGCUUUUUUGGGAUUAUUAAAUAAUGAAAAAGCAUGCCAAGAUAUUAAAGACGACAAAGAAGGAGGAAAAAUUAAUUUUAAAGACGAUCAUGGUGACAUUAAUAAUAAUAAUAAAGAUGAAGGAACAUUUUAUCGUUCAAAAUAUUGCCAACCCUGUCCUUAUUGUGGAGUGAAAAAGAAUAAUAAUGGUGGCAGUGGUGGUGGUAACAAAUGGGAAGAGAAACAUGAGAGUGAUAAAUGCACGCGUAUAAAACUUUAUAAGCCUAGAAGUGGCCAAGGCGGUACUCCUAUUAAAAUCCUUAAAAGUGGUGAAGGAGAAAAAGAAAUAAAAGAAAAAAUUGAUGACUUUUGCACUAAAACACAAAAUGGUACUGGUGAUAGUAAUAUUGAUUCUUCUUUGUGUGAUCCAUGGAAAUGUUAUGAAAUUGACGAGCUGACGAAAGAGGGUCAGGAGGGUGAGGAUGACGUGGAUGACCGCUACUAUGACGAAUUGGUAGAAACUGGAGGUGGAUUAUGUAUAUUGAAAAAAGAAAAAAAAGAACAAGAAAAAGAAAAAAGUGAUGCCAAAUCUCAAAACGACCCUGAUGAAAUCCAAAAGACAUUCUAUGAUUUUUUUUACUAUUGGGUUGCACAUAUGUUAAAAGAUUCCAUAUAUUGGAGAACAAAAAAACUUGAUAAAUGUUUACAAAAUGGUAACAAAAAAUGUGGAAAAAAAAUAUGUAAUGGUGAUUGUGAAUGUUUCCAAAGAUGGGUUGAAAAAAAAAAAACCGAAUGGACUAACAUAAAAGACCAUUUUGUCAAGCAAAAAGGUAUUCCAGAAGGGUGUUAUUUCACAACUCUUGAAGGUGUUUUGCAAAUAGAAUUUUUGAAUGAAGGUUCCGCACAAGAUAAACAAAAUAGUCUGGAUGCAAAGGAAAUACAACACCUAAAACAAAUUAAGAAAAUAUUGGAUGAGGAAAAACAAAAAAACCAAGAAGAAACAGCUGGUGGCUGUGGUCCCGGUGUUGCCUCCGACAAUAAAAAAGAAACUAUAAUGGAUAAAUUGAUCGACUACGAAAAAAAAAUUGCCACUGAAUGCAUAGAAAAACACAAGUGCCCAGACCCACCACGCGAAGGUGCCGGUCGCUCCGACACCUCACGCGACAGCCCAUCAUCACGACCUGCACAGGAAGUCGGCGACUCCGAAGAAGAUGAAGACGAAGACGAAGACGAUGAAGAAGAACACCCCGACGACGGCAAGGGCGACGCCAACGAGGAGGAGGCGGAAAACCACAGUAACGACCAGGAGGACAAAGACACACUGGACGCGGUGGUGGAAAACACAGAAGUGGGACCAUCAGGACCAGCAACGCCAGUAGAUGACAAGGUUUGCGACAUAGUGUCCAAACUAUUUAGUGGUAACGAUUUUGGUGACGCGUGCGGAACAAAAUAUGAUAAAUAUGGCCGCGAAAAAUUCCCCAAUUGGAAGUGCAUACCAAGUGGUGACAAAACCGCCCCAUCUAGUGAUAGUAACCAGGGUUCCAUAUGUGUUCCACCCAGGAGGCGACGAUUAUAUGUGGGGGGAUUAACGAAGUGGGCGAGUGGUAACACAGUAGUUAGUGGUCAGGCACAGACACCACAAGGUGACACCACAUCACCAAGUGACAACAAACUGCGUGAUGCGUUCAUCCAAUCUGCGGCAAUAGAAACUUUUUUCUUAUGGCAUAAAUACAAAAUGGAUAAAGAAAUAGAGAAAAAACAACAACAGAAAAAUGGACUAGUUGCAAAUACAUCAAAUGUUGGAAAAGAGCAUCAAGAGAAAUUAGAACAAAGUGGUAUUAUCCCCGAAGAUUUUAAAAGACAGAUGUUUUAUACUUUGGGGGAUUAUAGGGAUAUAUUAUUUGGAAAAGACAUAAGUGGGGACAAGAAUAUGGACACAAUAGAAGAGAAAAUAAAUGGAAUUCUCCCAAAAAAUGGCACACCUUCUCCUGCCAAAAAAAACACACCAACAGAAUGGUGGAGUCAAAACGGUGAACAUAUAUGGAAUGCAAUGAUAUGUGCCUUAACCUAUGACACAAACACAGCGAGUGGCGAUAAACCAACACAGAAUGAAAAAGUGAAAGAGGCACUUUGGGACGAACAGAACAACAAACCAAAAAACGACUACCAAUAUAGUAGUGUCACAAUUGGUGGUGAAGGUGCCGAAGGCCAACUGCAAUCUACCGACAGUAAAGACGCCGCCCGUGGUGAAAAAACCCCCCUUGACUCCUUCAUCAAGCGACCCCCUUAUUUCCGUUACCUUGAAGAAUGGGGUCAAAAUUUUUGUAAAGAGAGGAAGAAACGGUUGAAAGACAUAAAAUAUGAAUGUCGUGGUGAUGAAAAUAUUACUAGAUAUGGUAGCGGUUAUGGGGAGGAUUGUAAAAAUAAUCUUCCUGAAAAUCCUAGUACUUUUAAGGAUCUUGAAUAUCCAACGUGUGCCAAAUAUUGUAGAUUUUACAAAAAAUGGAUAAAUACCAAAAAAACAGAAUAUGAGAAACAAGAAAAAAUAUAUGUUCAACAAAAAAAGGAUGCUACAAGUGAUAAUGGUAACAAAUAUGAUUCAAAUUGUGAUGGAAAGCUUAAACAAUAUGCGUCUAUUGAAUCAUUUUUGGAAAAGUUAGUACAAUGUAAAAAGGAUAAUGGAGAAGGUACAAUAAAAUUUAAUGGAGGUCAAACAUUUCAACAUACAGAAGAUUGUAAAUCAUGUUCUAAAUUUAGAAUCAAAUGUGAUAAUGAUAAAUGCAGUGGUGGUAAUACAAAAGUGAAGUGCGAUGGAAAAACGCCUAUUGAUGCAAAAGAAAUUGCAAAUAUGAUAAAUUCUCCUCAAGAAGUUACUAUGCUUGUGAGUGAUAACGGUGCAACGGGAUUUAAAGGUGAUGAUUUAAAGGAGGCUUGUGAAGGUAAAGGUAUAUUUGAAGGUAUUAGAAAAGAACAAUGGAAAUGUGAUAAUGUAUGUGGUUAUGUUGUAUGUAAACCGAAAGAAGGAAAUAGGGAAACCGUCAGAGGGGAAAAAAAUGACGACAAACACAUUAUAACAAUUAGAGCUUUGGUUACACAUUGGGUACAAAAUUUUUUAGACGAUUAUAAGAAAAUUAAACAUAAAAUUUCACAUUGUACGAAAACUGAUCAAGGAUCCACAUGUCAAAAUAAAUGUCAAAAUAAAUGUAAAUGUGUUGGAGAAUGGAUACCUAAGAAGAGGGAAGAAUGGCAACAAAUAAAAGAUCGUUUCCUUAAACAAUAUAAAAAUGACAAGUUAGAUGAAGAUUUUAACCUUAGAAGUUGUUUGGAGACCUUCUUAGUUCAAAUUGGUGCUGCAUAUGGUGAAGAUAAGUUUAAAAAGGUAAUAAAAUUAAGUGUGUUCGAUCAAUCUUGUGGAUGUAGUGCCAUUGCGAGUUCUCAAAAGAAAAAUGGUGAAUACAAGGACGCUAUAGAAUGUAUGCUUAAAAAGCUUGAAGAAAAAGCAAACAAGUGUAAAGAGGACCACUCUAGUGGCGAACAAACAGAAAAAGAGUGUCAAGAAUCCCCCUCCGUUGAAGACGAAGACGAUACACUACACGAAGAAACAGAGGUGAAGGCGCCAGAAAUUUGUAAAGAUGUGAUAAAAGCACCAACAGAACCAGAGGAAAAAGGCGCUUGUGAUCCAGCACCAACUACACCGAAAGAAACGUCACCAGCAACAGAUAGUGGUAAGGAAACCAACACCGAACCCGUAACACCACAAGACCAAAGCCCAGACACCAAAACCCCAAAGGAAAAAGGCCCCAAACCCCCCAAAUCACUUCCGCAACCCCCACGACAAAAACGUGAAUUCACACCCUCCGAUUGGUGGAAAGUCAUGUCCGCUUCCGCCUUCCCGUGGACGGUCGGCGUCGCGUUUAUGGCGUUGAGUUAUUGGGUUAUGAAGAAAAAAUCCAAACCUCGUGUGGACCUUUUCAGUGUUAUGGAAAUACCCCAAAACGAUUAUGGAAUGCCGACCCUUAAAUCAAAAAAUAGAUAUGUUCCGUAUUCUAGUGGUAAAUAUAGAGGCAAAACAUACUUAUAUGUUGAAGGGGAUAGUGGAACCGAUAGUGGUUACACCGAUCAUUAUAGUGACAUUACAUCAUCAUCAGAAAGUGAGUAUGAAGAAUUGGAUAUUAAUGAUAUAUAUCCAUACCAAUCACCAAAAUACAAAACUUUGAUAGAAGUGGUAUUGGAACCAUCAAAAAGAGAAACAAAUAGUGGUGAUAUACCAAAUGAUAAUACACCUGCAAAUAAACCUAUUACUGAUGAGGAAUGGAAUACAUUGAAAGAUGAAUUUAUAUCUAAUAUGUUACAAAGUACUCAAAAUACAGAACCAAAUAUUUUACAUGAUAAUAUGCAUUAUAAUACCCAUCCUAAUACUUUAUAUUUUGAUAAACAUGAAGAAAAACCUUUUAUUAUGUUGAUUCAAGAUAGAAAUUUACUUAUCAGAGAAGAAUACAGUUAUAAUAUGAGUACUAACAGUGGUGGAAAUGGUUCAUAUAGUGGUAUUAGUCCAAUAAGUGACAACCCUGAUUCAUUAAGUGAUAAAAAUGGUCCAACUAGUGGUAACCAUAAUCUAUAUAGUGGCACUGACCUAAUCAACGAUGCACUAAGUGGUGAUUAUGAUAUAUAUGAUGAAAUGUUGAAACGAAAAGAAAACGAAUUAUUUGGGACAAAUCAUACAAAACAUACAACAACUAACCGUGUUGCUACACAAAUAUGUGAUGACCCUAUAACCAAUCAAUUAAAUUUGUUCCAUAAAUGGUUAGAUAGACAUAGAAAUAUGUGCGAAAAGUGGGAAAAUCAUCACGAACGGUUAGAUAAAUUGAAAGAAUUGUGGGAUAAUGAGACACAUAGUGGUAACAAACAUAAUGGUAUACAAAGUAACAUACCUAGUAGUGAUAUUCAUCCUAGUGACAUACAUAGCGGUAAACUAAGUGAUACACCUAGUGAUAACAACAUACAUAGUGACAUACCAUACGUGUUAAAUAGUGACGUUUCGAUACAAAUACAUAUGGAUAAUCCUAAACCUACAAAUGAGGAUAAUGUCGUGGAUUGCAACCCUGUGGGAAACAACAUAUAUGUGGAUAAUAACCCCAACCAAACGUUUCCGUCUAACCCAAACCCUGUGGAAAACAACACAUAUGUGAACGCACCCACAAAUGUACAAAUUGAAAUGGAUGUAAAUAACCACAAGGUGGUGAAAGAAAAAUAUCCUAUAUCAGAUAUGUUGGAUAUAUAA